CUUCCAACUGCGUCAUGAUGACGACACACGGAAGACCUUACCCUGAACAGCACCAGCCAGUUAAAACAAGUUAGAAAUGUUUCCAGUGCCUUAUGCAACAUGCAGUUAUAAACAUAAUUUACAGUGCGUUGCUUUCGGAAAGAUUUUUUUAUCGACGUAACUUCUUCUGUUGGACGCGUGCCUGAGGUUUUUCAUUCAAACGGAGAGGUAGUUGGAAUCGUCUGCAGCUCCUGCUAACACCAAAGCUAGCAUAGCGAGCUAGCCGGCAGCUAGCGGAGUAUGUAUGAAACGGGGAGGGCUCGGUUCGCUUCGGAAGUUUUGGAUCGAUGUUGUCAAUUUGCGGAGUAAAUCGCGGUACUAGAAACCCAAUAAGAAAAUAAGGGUAUAUGACUAAGAGCGAAUGCUUUAGUGUACUUAACGAAUACCUGUAGGUUCAGCCAAUUGAAGCUCGGGAGCGUUGAGCCAGGUGUUCAUCCCCGGCGUGAACAUGGCCAGCCUGACCUGCCUGGAUAAUGGAGAAGACAACCCCAAAAAAGUGACCGGUUCCGGUUCUGGGGUUUUGUGCCGCUUCAAGUCCGAUUCCGAGUCGGACAGUGGCCCGGUGGCGAAGAGCUUAGCACGGCUGUGCAGCAGGGACGAAGGAGAGCGGGCAUCGGCUCUGGAGGAGCUGAGCCAGAAGGUUCUGGUGCGCUUAGGCAUGGACCGGUCCGAUUCGGAACAGUUGAGUAAACAAACGCUGCUGCAACUACUUCGACUGUCUAAUUCGUGUCCGCUACAGGAGGUUCGGGCGAAAGCUACCGAUCUGCUACGAACUGCACAGGAAGAAGGAGUUGAAAUACCUCGAGCUUUGGCCAUUGGUCCAAGUUCUGUUAUUCCUGCAAAAGAGAUGCCGGUUGAAGGACCCAACCACGACGUCCUCAUUGAAUCCUUCCUCUCUCUGGGGCGUGUUGACCAUCUCACCAUGGUCAUGGCUUUACAUCCAGCAUAUCUGAGCUGUUUCCUGAGGACCCAGCAGGCUUUGUUGGAGCUGGAUGGCCCCUUGCCCCAUCACUGGAGGCAUUAUAUUUCUAUCAUGGCUGCAGCCCGUCACCACUGCUCAUACCUGGUGCAGCAGCACAGUGCAGGCUUCUUGGAGACUGGAGGCGAGGAGAGCUGGCUGAGCGGCCUCCAGCACGCUCCCGCUAAACUGCGCAGCCUCCAAACACUCAACAAGCUGCUGGCGCACAGACCGUGGCUCAUUACCCAGCAGCAUAUCGAGGAGUUGGUGUGUCCGGGAGCAGAGCCUCGCUGGUCCCUCGCCGAGCUGAUCCACGCCGUCAUUCUGAUGGCGCACACUCACGCUCUCUGCUCCUUCGUGUGGGGCUGCGGUCUGAACCCCGAACCCGACCACGUAGGAGGAUACACGUUCCAGCCUCCGUCACCCAGUCACCUCCCGCGUAGCCCGGCACACGAGGACGGCAAGCAGGAGUUGGUGGAUGGUGCAGUAGAGGUGGAGGUGUUGAUGCAGAGGAUGGCAGAGCUGCAGCAGCAGCAGGAGGAGGAAGAGGAGUGCUCACAGGAGGAGAUGGUGUCCCGGUUCGAGAGGGAGAGGAGUGAGAGCAUCCCGACAGCGGUGGUGCGAGGAGCUCCGCCUGACUUGCUGCUGUGUCUGGUGGAGGAUCCAGAGUUCAGAUAUGAGGACUUUGCCCCCAGAGGAGAGCAGUCACCCACCACCAUGAGAGCCCAGGACUACUCAUGGGAGGACCACGGCUUCUCUCUGGUUAACAGACUUCUGCCGGACAUGAGCCAUCUCCUGGAUGAGAAGUUUCAGGUUGUGAGCAACUUGACCUAUCACAGGAUGGCCAUGCAUGAAGGUGUGGAUACGUACACUUUGAGGAAAGCCUUGUGGAACUACAUCCACUGUCUCUACGGGAUACGGUACGAUGACUAUGACUACGGCAGUGUAAACUCGUUGUUGGAGCGUUCUCUGAAGGUGUUUGUUAAAACCAUGGCGUGUUACCCUGAGCAAACCACCGCCCGCAUCUACCACGCCUUUUGGAGACACUUCAGACACUCUGAAAAGGUCCAUGCGAAUCUAAUCGUGAUGGAAGCCCGGCUUCAAGCAGCUCUUCUCUACGUCCUGCGAGCCGUUACACACUACAUGAGAUGACACUCCCAUACACCCCAAUGCAGAUGCUGAGCCAGCACAGGCAGUCUUGCACACACACAAACACAGUGAAUGUCAGCAUUACAUUAAUGUCCAUACUGCUGAUUUAUGGUUUGGAUGUAUUUAAAAACUGUUACCCAUUUUGCACUGAGUUUGUGUACUCUGGAUGAGCCUUUUGAGUUUUUUUGUUUAGUUUUUUCUGAUCAUGUUGCACGUCUUUCUGUCGUAUCCACAUGCUGCUUGUUAAAUCCAGUUUGGCGUUGAGAGAGGGAUUAUUUUCUUAAAAGCAAAAGUCCCUGCAGCACGUCAUCAGGCCUCAGUCCCAUCCUCCUCUGCAGUUGCAGAAAAUUGAGCUGAAACAGAAAUGUAUUUUUAUAUUUAAUAAAGCUACUUUGCUACAUGGA